UUGGUACUUUCAGCCACGUCUUGAGAUUUGACAGAUCGGCUGAUGUGUUUGUUUUUCGUGUCAAACUGAAGAAAAUACUUAAAAUAUAAAAGAAAACGCCACGAACAACGAUGCCUCUAAGGUUGGAUAUUAAGCGAAGGCUCACGGCUAGAUCAGACAGGGUGAAAUGCGUGGAUUUGCACCCUACGGAGCCUUGGAUGUUGUGCAGCCUGUACAGCGGCAACAUAAACGUGUGGAACAUCGAAAGCCAGCAGCUGGUGAAGACGUUCGAAGUGUGUGAUUUGCCUGUACGGGCAGCAAAGUUUGUACCUCGCAAGAAUUGGAUUGUAAGUGGUUCGGAUGACAUGCAAAUAAGGGUUUUUAAUUAUAAUACCUUGGAUAGGGUGCACGCCUUUGAGGCGCAUUCUGAUUAUGUUAGAUGCAUUGUUGUACAUCCUACGCAGCCAUAUAUUUUGACCAGUAGUGAUGACAUGUUGAUUAAACUGUGGAACUGGGACAAAUCCUGGGCGUGUCAGCAAACAUUCGAGGGUCACACUCACUACAUCAUGCAAAUCGCGAUCAAUCCCAAAGAUAACAACACAUUCGCCAGCGCGUCUCUGGACAGAACUCUGAAAGUGUGGCAACUGGGCGCAUCCACUGCCAACUUCACGCUCGAGGGGCACGAGAAAGGCAUCAACUGCGUGGAUUAUUAUCACGGCGGGGAUAAACCGUACCUGAUAUCGGGCGGCGACGAUAGAUUGGUGAAGAUCUGGGACUACCAGAACAAAACUUGCGUGCAAACGUUGGAAGGGCACUUUUCCAACGUCACCGCCGUCUGUUUCCACCCGGAACUUCCGGUGGUUCUCACCGGAAGUGAGGAUGGCACUGUAAGGGUCUGGCACGCGAAUACUCAUCGGCUGGAAAGCAGUUUGAAUUACGGUUUCGAGAGGGUGUGGGCUAUAAGUUGCCUCAAAGGUUCCAACAAUGUCGCGCUGGGUUACGACGAGGGUAGCAUCAUGGUCAAAGUGGGUAGGGAGGAGCCGGCAGUCAGUAUGGACGCUAGCGGGGGCAAAAUCAUAUGGGCCAGGCACUCGGAGAUGCAGCAGGCCAAUCUGAAGGCGUUACCGGAAGGGGGAGAGAUCAGGGACGGGGAGCGGCUUCCGGUGGCCGUCAAGGACAUGGGCGCGUGCGAGAUAUACCCGCAGACCAUCCAGCACAACCCUAACGGGCGUUUCGUGGUGGUUUGCGGUGACGGCGAGUACAUAAUCUACACGGCGAUGGCGCUGCGCAACAAGGCGUUCGGGUCGGCGCAGGAGUUCGUGUGGGCGCAGGACAGCAGCGAGUACGCGAUAAGGGAGAACGGCACCACUGUCAAGAUUUUCAAGAACUUCAAGGAGAAGAAGAACUUCAAGUCCGAUUUCGGGGCAGAGAGCAUCUUCGGUGGCUACCUGCUUGGGGUGAAAUCCGUUUCCGGGCUCAGCUUUUACGACUGGGAGACGCUCGAUUUGGUCCGCCGCAUCGAGAUCCAACCCAGGGCCGUGUACUGGUCGGACUCGGGCCGUUUGGUGUGCCUGGCCACCGAGGAUAGCUACUACAUCCUCUCCUACGACCAGGAUCAGGUGCAGCUGGCUAAAGAUAACGACCAAGUGGCUGAAGAUGGCGUAGAGAGCGCCUUCGACGUUCUAGGCGAGGUCGCUGAAAGCGUGCGCACCGGGUUGUGGGUCGGCGACUGUUUUAUCUACACCAACUCGGUUAACCGGAUUAACUACUUCGUGGGUGGGGAGUUGGUGACCAUAGCGCACCUGGAUAGGCCUCUGUACGUCUUGGGAUAUGUCCCUAAAGACGAUCGCCUCUAUUUGGCCGACAAAGAGUUGGGCGUGGUCAGUUACCAACUGCUUUUGUCGGUGCUCGAGUAUCAAACCGCGGUUAUGCGUAGAGACUUCGGUACGGCCGAUAGAGUGCUGCCAUCUAUACCCAAAGAGCACAGAACCAGGGUGGCGCAUUUCUUGGAGAAGCAAGGGUUUAAACAACAAGCUUUGGCUGUGAGCACGGACCCAGAACACCGCUUCGAGCUGGCCGUAGCGUUGGAAGACUUGAACACGGCGAGAAUAUUGGCGCAAGAGGCCAACAACCAACAAAAAUGGACGCAACUAGGCGAAUUGGCCGCCUCUACAAACAACUUAGAGCUCGCCAAGGAAUGUAUGAAGAAAGCUCAAGACUACGGCGGUUUACUACUGCUCAGCACUAGCUCUGGGGACGCGGAGCUAGUUAAAAGUCUCGGGGAAAGUUGUCAAGCCGAGGGGAAAAACAACCUCUCGUUUUUGUCGUUCUUCAUGCUGGGCGACCUGGAUAAGUGUCUGGACAUCUUGGUGUCCACCGGUAGACUGCCCGAGGCGGCUUUCUUCGCGCGUUCUUACAUGCCGAGUAAGAUUUCGGAGGUGGUGCAAAUGUGGCGGGAAAAGUUGUCGGAGACCAAUGAAAAAGCCGGGCAGAGUUUGGCGGAUCCCAAUGAUUACGAGAACUUGUUCCCGGGCCUACAGGAGGCCAUAGAAGCCGAAAAACACUUCAAAAGGACGAAUAGAGCGGUUUUAGCCUCGAAGGCGAUGAGCGUCAAGCCAAAUUUGGAGAGGAAUUUGUUGGAGGAAGCUUUGAGUAGUGAUGCCAGACCCGACACUAUGAUUCCACCUGUUAGCAAGAUGGCGGAAUUAAACCUAGACCAGGAUGAUGAUGACGAGUUAGACUUAGAUCUUGAAGGAGUUAAUAUAGAUGAUAACAUUGAUACUUCAGAUAUCAAUCUAGAUGAUGAUCUAUUAGGUGAUGAAAUCAAAUAAACUUCAAAGUAUUAACAUAUUUUAUCAUUCCUAAUUGUAAGAGGUAUUUUAGAGUGUUACAUUGUGUAUAUUAAUUAUUAUUAUUGUUCUAUUUUUUAAGCUGCAUUAAAUGCUUAAUUUUAAUAAAAAAAUUAUAUAUA